UGUUAACCGCCAAAUCCAACUUUCCAAUUCCAAUACAAUUUGAAUUUUUGAAAUGGAAAAAAAAGCGAUGAAGAAAAGGGGAAGAAAAUCCAUUCUGAAAACACCGUCGCCGUUAUCUUCUCCGGCGGAAAGUUCUCCCAAAUCGCCGAUCUUCACGAGAACAGCUUCCACUUCCAAAGGCGUCAAGAGAGUAGCCGCCGCUCUUACCACCACCACUUCUCCACCUCGCACUACUCACAAAGCUCCGAACAACAUCUCCGAUCUCAAAAGCCUCGCGUCUUCAAGUAUCGAUGAACUCAAACGCCGGAUCGAUCGAUCUCACUCUGAGAUUCUCAAGGAUCUCGAAGCUUCUCAUUCGCGUCUUCAUAAACGUUUCAAGAUGCAGAGUCAAGGAUGUCAGCAAGCAAUGGAUGAAGCGGAGAAGGAUUUCAAGAAGUUGUCUGAAAGGAUUACGGAAAGCCAAGAAGCGAUGAAGGCUUCUUAUGAAGAGUUUAUGGUUGAGGCACAGGCCACCGCAGCUCGUGCAUGCAAAACUUCUAUAGCCGAGCUUUCACAGAAGUAUGAGAAGACUAUUGAUUCUCUUCGAGACCGUCAUGGGAUUUCAUCAAAUUAGCUAUCUCAUUUGGUGGGUGUGUAGUGAUUGUUUCAUGGAGAGGUAAAAAUAGAGCUUGGAUUCUGGAGGGAGAUAAAGGUGGAUUAAAACAAGAAAGACUUAUUAUCCAGUUGGUUUCAGUUUUUCAUCAUCGUUUUGUUAUUCUCAUAUAUAUACGCUGCAUAUGAGAAUAUGUAAGAGAAACGAAAAUUAGGAAAUACUCAGCUCACUUUUAGUACUGUCAAUUAUUAGUUUGUUGAUGAUUGUGGUCUUGAUGCA